GACUCUGCCGCUGCUCUCGCUACUCUCGCUGCUCCCUCACCUUCGCGUCGUCGGCCACUCAAGCGCAUCUACCAGACUUUUCAUCAUCUUUCUCGAUAGAUCAACGCCUCAGGCAAACAUGGUUGAUGGUGACAAUGGUUUGUCAAUUCAACGUAAACGUCCUCGAGAGAAAAUUGAGGAAAAUGAGCAAGAAGAUAUGGAGUUUUUAUUAUUGCUUAUGAAGUUCUUUCUUAUACUUGUUGCUAUUUGUCAUCGUUGUAAGCAUAGGUAUAGAGAACUUCGAUUAUGUGAUCAAAAUGUAAGGGAUUAUCGGAGGAAGAUGUGGAUUAGAUUAUUAGAUGAUGAAAAAGUUUGCUUGCAUCAACUUCGUGUUACUAGGCAAGCAUUUAAGAAAUUGUGUGAUGUUUUAGUGGAGAAAGGUGGACUAGUGGCCACAAGAUAUGUGACAAUUAAGGAAAUUGUAGCACUUUUCUUGCAUAUUCUUGCUCAUGGCCUUAAAAAUAGUUCCGGAUCUCUUACUUCACCUUUUGUAAAAGUUUCUACCACUCUAUUCAGCUUCUCUAGCAGAGCAAUUUAAGUGCCAGUUGAAGCUGGUUUCCUACUGCUCUCAACCAUAUCUACUUCUCUUGGAACCUGCUCGUCAGACACUUCAUUAGCUGUUUUCUCUUUGCUGCUUUGCUCUUGUGAUAGUGCUACAUUUGAUUCCUAAUAUAAGAUAGAAACAUGAGCUGUUUAGCUUGAGUUUUUUUACAAGUUAUCUUUUUUAUUAACUGUUGUAAAUCAUCGAAGAAGGAAGGAGGAUUGGGUUUAUAAGUUACUUACCUCUUCAAUUUGAAUAUCUUUACCUCUUCAGUUUGAAUAUCUUUUGCUAUGGUUUUAAAUGUUGCAUUGUUCUCCUCAACACCUAGAAAUCCAUUCUUUAGUUGAUCUUUUUAGUUGCUAGCUUUCAUUGUUUUAAAUACAUGAAUGGUAUGUUA